AUGCUUGGAUUGUUAAUCGCGCUAGUUCAGUUGAUAGCUUUUACUCAAGCGAAGUCGUCUUCUGGGUCAAGAUCAUUGGUAAUUUUCGACCAAAGGUUGAUAUAUUUGGAUGACUACAGCGUGUUCUUGGGCAGCCUGAAGGAGCGCUCAUUCGAGCUGGACUACGCGCCUGUGACCAACGAUUCUACUCCUGUCGAGCUUUUCGAUGGAGAGGCUAGACGUUAUGACAACUUAAUAGUUUUCCCAAUCAAAUCAAGACAUUUCAACAAGCAAUUAUCUGCUGAAAAGCUUCUCAACUUCUAUAAUGAAGGAGGUGAAAUUAUGGCCAUCACAACGCCCGAUGGAGUGGCUGACAAUGUGCGUGUUUUCUUGAAUCAGCUUGGCAUUUUUCCCAGUCCGAAAAACUAUCAAUUAAGGGACUAUUUCCAAGACAAUAGCGAGCUGGUUUUGCAUUUACCGGCAUCCAAAGUUCUCAACGAGCAUGUGGUCCCCAAAAAUGAUGGAGAGAUUGUCUACCAAGGUUCCGCUGCUCUGCUUGGCGACUCGGACUUGAUCAUUCCUGUGCUGCAAGCUCCAAGGACGUCGUAUUCCGAAGACGGUCAGAAACAGGGUGGAAAGUGGACUAUCGGGUCCCAGGGAUAUCUGGCGGCGUCUUUUCAGACCUUGAAAAACACUCGUUUGUCCUGGGUGGGUAGUGUGGAUCUUUUCAGCGAUAAAAAUUCUGAUUCUAAUAAACACUUUGUUCAAGAAUUGACAAAGUGGACUUUCAAAGAAAAGUCGGUAGUAGAAGUUGUGUGCUCUAACCAUGCUCAUUCUAAUGGUCUUGAUUAUUCAGAUGUCCCUUACAAGAUCAAAGACGAAGUCGUUUAUAAUAUCAGCUUGAGAGAAUGGGAAGGUGAGAAAUGGGUUCCUUUUGUUGCUGAUGACAUUCAAUUUGAGCUUAGAAUGGUGGAUCCGUACUACCGCAUCACCUUGACUCCUAUUGGGGACUCGUCUUUUACGUUUCAAACAUACACAACAAGCAAGUUUAAUCUUCCGGAUCACCACGGAAUAUUCACUUUUGUUGUGGAUUACAAAAGGAGCGGGCUAUCUUUUUUUACAGAUAAAGAUGUGAAAGCCAUCCGUCAUCUAGCAAAUGAUGAGUAUCCAAGAAGUUGGGUUAUAACCAAUUCCUGGGUUUACCUCACUGCUAUAUACUCGGUCAUCUUUACGUGGGUAAUCUUUGUGGCACUUUUUGUGGGAGUCAAGAAGAGUGCUAAUGUUCCCAUUGAGAAGAAGACAAAUUAA